GUUUGGAGGGCGGCCGAACAUUUUUCAAUGCAGUGAAAGAAGGAGACACGGUGAUUUUUGCCAGCGACGAUGAGCAGGAUCGUAUCCUCUGGGUCCAAGCCAUGUACCGAGCUACCGGCCAGUCCCACAAACCUGUUCCACCUACUCAAGUUCAGAAGCUUAAUGCUAAAGGAGGAAAUGCGCCCCAGCUAGAUGCCCCCAUUUCUCAAUUUUAUGCAGAUAGAGCUCAAAAGCAUGGCAUGGAUGAAUUUAUCUCUUCCAAUCCCUGUAAUUUUGACCACGCUGCACUUUUUGAGAUGCUUCAGCGCCUCACUUUGGACCACAGACUUAAUGAUUCCUAUUCUUGUCUGGGCUGGUUUAGCCCUGGCCAAGUCUUUGUCCUAGAUGAAUACUGUGCACGGAAUGGAGUCAGAGGCUGUCAUAGGCAUCUCUGCUACCUUAGCGAUUUGCUUGAAAGAGCAGAAAAUGGAGCAAUGAUUGACCCCACCUUACUGCACUACAGUUUUGCCUUUUGUGCAUCGCAUGUUCAUGGCAACAGGCCUGAUGGAAUAGGAACGGUAACAGUAGAAGAAAAAGAGCGAUUUGAAGACAUCAAAGAGCGGCUGCGGUUGUUAUUGGAAAAUCAAAUCACGCAUUUUAGGUAUUGCUUCCCAUUUGGCCGACCGGAAGGAGCUUUAAAAGCCACUUUAUCACUCCUGGAACGGGUUUUGAUGAAAGACAUAGUUACUCCUGUCCCUCAAGAGGAGGUAAAAGCUGUCAUCCGUAAAUGCUUAGAACAAGCUGCAUUGACUAACUAUACUCGGCUAUCAGAAUAUGCAAAAAUCGAAGGGAAAAAGAGAGAAAUGUAUGAGCAUCCUGUCUUCUGCUUGGCCUCUCAAGUGAUGGAUUUAACCAUUCAAAAUGUAGGUCGGUUAAUCACGCCUGCCAAAAAACUAGAAGAUACAAUUCGCUUGGCGGAAUUGGUGAUUGAAGUUCUGCAGCAAAAUGAAGAACAUCACGCAGAGGGGAAAGAGGCCUUUGCUUGGUGGUCAGACUUAAUGGUCGAACACGCGGAGACCUUCCUCUCAUUGUUUGCAGUAGACAUGGAUGCUGCGCUGGAAGUCCAGCCCCCAGACACCUGGGACAGCUUUCCACUCUUUCAGCUUCUAAAUGACUCCCUUCGAAGUGACUAUAAUUUGUGCAAUGGAAAAUACCACAAACAUCUCCAAGAUCUCUUUGCUCCACUUGUGGUUAGAUAUGUCGAUCUCAUGGAGUCCUCUAUUGCCCAGUCAAUUCACAGGGGCUUUGAGCGGGAAUCAUGGGAGCCAGUAAAGAGCUUAACAAGUAAUCUUCCCAAUGUGAAUCUACCAAAUGUGAAUCUCCCUAAAGUUCCAAACCUACCAGUUAACAUCCCACUAGGCAUUCCUCAAAUGCCUGCCUUUUCUGCACCGUCAUGGAUGGCUGCUAUCUAUGAUGCCGACAAUGGAUCAGGAACAUCAGAAGAUCUGUUUUGGAAACUAGAUGCCUUACAGACCUUCAUCAGGGAUCUGCACUGGCCUGAGGAAGAAUUUGGGAAACACUUAGAACAACGACUAAAACUUAUGGCUAGUGAUAUGAUUGAAUCCUGUGUAAAGAGCACCAGUACCAUUCAAAAAUAGAUGAACUAAUUGAAGAAACUGUCAAAGAAAUGAUCACACUCCUUGUAGCCAAG